AUGGAUUGCUUUUUUGUGUCUGUUGGAAUACGCCAUCGUCCAGAACUAAAAGGCAAGCCUGUAGCUGUGACCAGUAAUCAGGGACAGGGCAGAGUGCCCGUUCGGCCUGGCACCAACCCCCAGCUGGAAAAGAAACUCUAUGAAGGCAAACACAGUCACAUUCAACACGAGGAGGAUCUACACAGACCUCCUUCUCACGAGAGGCCUGACUUGCAUAUCAAUAGUGUCAAACAGGAUGCUUCUACUCUCUCUAUGGCAGAGAUAGCAUCCUGUAGUUAUGAGGCAAGGCAGGCAGGUGUAAAGAAUGGAAUGUUUUUUGGCAAAGCCAAACAGUUGUGUCCAUCGUUGCAAUCUGUCCCUUAUGACUUUGAAGCCUAUAAACAAGUGGCUCUCACAAUGUAUGAGACUUUAGCAAGUUAUACUCAAGACAUAGAGGCUUUAAGCUGUGAUGAGGUCUUAAUAGAUGCUACCUCUUUGAUCAAAGACCUGGAGAUAAGUCCUCAUGAUCUGGCCAGUGCUAUAAGAGCUGAUAUCGAGCAGAAGACGGGGUGUUGCGCAUCAGUUGGAAUGGGUUCCAAUAUUCUGCUAGCGAGACUGGCAACACGUAGAGCCAAGCCUAAUGGACAAUAUUUUCUGAAAUCUGAAGAAGUAGACGAUUUCAUCAAGGAUUUAGCAGUAACUAGCUUACCAGGUGUUGGUCCUGCUAUGGGCAAAAAGCUUGCUGCAGUAGGAGUCAGGUCUUGUGGAGAUCUUCAGCAGGUGUCUAUGGCGGUUCUUCAAAAGAGGUUUGGACCGAGAACUGGCCAAACACUUUUCAGUUUUUGCCGAGGCCUGGACGACCGACCUGUUCGUUAUGAAAAGGAACGCAAGUCUGUGUCGGCUGAAAUGAACUAUAACAUCCGCUUCACCAGGAUUGAUGAGACAGAGUCUUUUCUUACAAAUUUAUCCAUGGAAGUUCAAAAACGAUUAAAAGCAGCGGGGCUUCGGGGCCGCAGAGUAACACUAAAAGUCAUGAUUCGCAAAAUGGGGGCUCCCAUAGAGCCUGCUAAAUACGGAGGUCAUGGCAUCUGCGACAACGUGGCAAGGACUGUGAUGUUCUCUCAGUCUACAGACAGUGGUCAGCUCAUUGCGACGGCUGUCAUCAAGCUUUUCCACUCAAUGAAAUUGCAGGUCCAAGAUCUGAGAGGAGUGGGAAUCCAGGUCCAAGUACUCGAAGGAAUUAACGGCUACUCUGGGACUGCAGAGAAUAACACACGCUCCAUCAAAGACUUGUUUGCACGGCAGGGACUUCAAACACAAUGUCCCAAAGCAGAUGCUGCAAGUGAAAAUGCAACACUAAUUCCAGACUCUUCUGUAACUCCCAUACCUUCUGUGGAGUCUUUUCCUGAAACGAGCAAAGGGAAAAGUUGUAAAAUCCUAACCCAUCCUCAGCCACGCCUGAGAGUGAGCAUUGAAGUUCCCCCUCCUUCCCAGGUGGAUCACUCUGUAUUGGAAGCGUUGCCAACAGAACUUCGGGAACAAGUGGAACAAUCAUGGACUUAUCUAGAGGAGAAAUUGAAUGACAAAGUUUCUCCACAUCAACAGCCUUCGUUUCCGAGGACCCAUUCUCCAUCUCAUCCUCCUCCAGGCGACUCUGCAAAAACCUCUCCACUUGCUAGAAAACUAAUACUACAAAUACCCAAUCAACCUGAAAACCCUGGAAUUGUUUUGGAAUUACCCAAUUUCUCACAGAUUGACCCUGAGGUCUUUGCCGCUCUUCCCAAAGAGCUGCAGGACGAGAUCAAGUCCUCCUACAGUCGUACCAUCAAUCAUAAAGAUCCAGCAUCUGAGAUGAAAAACCCCCUGCUGCAGCUAAAGCGGACAGGAGUCGGCCCAGUUCGUGUUAAGAGACAAUACAAGAGGAAGAACAACACGAGUCCAGCUAAAAACGGUCCUUCCCCCGUCAAGAAACGACCUUCGAACAACAGUCCGGCUAAAAUACUUCCUUCUCCCAUAAAACGGGGAGAACCGGUUGACAAGCUCAUGCCUGAAAAUAUUUCGUCCAAACAAGACAUACCAGAGAUUACAAGUCUGUCUCGAGCUCCUCCCACAUUGGCUGGUGCCUCUGAAUGGACGGACAUCAAAACACUACUACGGGAAUGGGCCACAACAAUCACAGAACCCAUGGAGGAGGACAUAUUUCAAGUUGUGAAAUACUGUACUGAUCUAAUUGAGGACAAAGAUUUGGAGAAGUUGGAUUUGGUCAUAAAAUACAUGAAAAGGCAUAUGAAGCUGUCGAUGGAGUCUGUCUGGAGCAUGGCUUUUGACUUCAUCGUAGACAACGUUCAAGUCAUGAUGCAGCAAACGUACGGAAGCACUCUCAAGUUGUGGCGCUCUUACAUCUUUUAUUGCUUCUGUUGUCUCCCUUUGAUUACCUGA